AUGAAAGAACAUCUCCUCCCAAACUUCUCAGUUUGCCUUGGUCUAACCUGCAAGCGACUCUACUCAACCCACUGGGACAUCCACCUCAAAGUCGAGAUCUGUCAAUACGCUGUCAAUUCAAGCCUCACGCUCAUUAGAGGCCGGGCCGGGUCGGGAUGGGCGAGUGAGACCCAAGAGUUCACCCUGACUCUGGGUUGGAUUGCCAGUUCUUGCUUGGUCAUAUUGCUCCGCCCUUGGUUUGAGGAACGUGGCUACGUUUGGGUCCAAAAAGGGCCGGCCAAGUUAUUUUACCGUACCAAAUGGGUGGAUGUCGACGCACUUCCUGGAAAGCUUGUCAAGUGACAUCUCGACGAAACGAAAGAUGGAGAAGAACCCAGAGGACGAGUCACAAAAUGGCUUAGGAAACGAUGGGCAAAACACAAGAAAUCACGAUACGACACCCAACGAGUCCUCCACCUUGCUUCGCAAACUCCCCAACGAGCUCCUUCUCCAAAUCAUCAAGGACUAUCUCAACCGCAACUACUCAGUCUGUCUAGGUCUAACCUGCAAAAGACUCUACGAAAUCCACUGGGUUCUCCACAAAAAGGUCACGAUAUACUAUCGAUACAUACUCGAGUGCGCACACAAUCCACCAAGUAACCCUGCGGUCUCGUACGACGUCCAUCUAGAUUCUGAUGGCGACAGUUCCUUGAUUGGGCUACUCCACCAUUGGUUCGAGGAACGUGGCUAUAUCUGGUCUUCCGAAGGAAAUGACUUUUAUGAGUACCGCAAAGGCUUUGGGGGAAUCUAUGGAACUUCUGGGAAAUUUGUCAAGCGACGCGUUGAAGGGGAGCAAGGUGAUGAAUAUGAAUCAGACGAGCCUGGAACACUACUAUACAGAAGACGAGCAAGUGCAAGAUGUAGAGCUUCGCAAAGAUGGUGUCUUAAUGCGAUAGUGUCUAUGGCAGAAGAUUUGCAGAAGAGUCUUCAAACAGCUAGGAGAUGCUCAACUGCAAUAGACUUAGUGCGGAGUUUACUAAAUAGGUUGGCAAGUCCUCAGGGGUAG